UCAUUACAAGCCAAGAUGAGCUACGGAUCUGAAGCCUUCUCCUCCUCCUCCUACCGAAGGAUUUUCGGGGAUUCUCCCCGUUAUGCAUCUCCAUCGCGGACCACCGCGACUGCAUCCUCCCGGGGAGGAGGUUACCGGUCCUCCUCUCUGUCCCGGACCAACGCUUCAUCCCAGGGCACGUACAGCAGAAAGUCCGGCCGCUCCUUCUCCUCCAUGCCGCUGGACACCUUCGACAUGACACAAAGCAGCGUCCUCAACAAUGAGUUCAAAAUCGUCCGCACCAACGAAAAGGAGCAGAUGCAAGGCCUCAAUGACCGCUUCGCAAUGUUCAUCGAUAAAGUGCGCAACUUGGAGCAACAGAACAAAGUGCUGGAGACGGAGCUGGUCGUUUUGCGCCAGAAGCAGGCGGAGCCGUCCCGCCUGGCCGAGCUCUACCAGCAGGAAAUACGCGAACUGCGCUCCCAGCUCGAAGAACUGAACGGAGAGAAGUCCCAGCUGAUGAUCGAGAGGGACAACAUUGACGACGAACUGCAGAAAUUCAGGGGGAAAUACGAGGAGGAGUUCCGUGGCCGGGAGGAGGCGGAGGCCCUGCUCAAAGCUUUUAAGAAAGAUGUCGAUGAUGCCACCAUGGUGCGCCUGGACCUGGAGAAGAAGGUGGAAUCUCUCCUGGAUGAGAUCAACUUCCUCAGGAAGGUGCACGAGGAGGAGGUGGUCGAGCUGUCGGACAUGAUCCAGGCUGCCCAGGUGUCUGUGGAGAUGGAGGUGUCCAAACCGGACCUCACCUCCGCCCUCAAGGAGAUCCGCGGCCAGUACGAGUCCAUGGCGUCCAAGAACCUGCAGUCCGCCGAGGAGUGGUACAAGACCAAGUUCGCGGACCUGUCCGAUCAGGCCAACCGGAGCAACGAGACCAUCCGCAACAGCAGGGAGGAGAUGAACGAGUUCAGGAGGCAGCUGCAGUCCAAGACCAUCGAGAUAGAGAGUCUGAGGGGAACCAACGAGUCGCUGGAUAGGCAGCUGCGGGAGAUGGAGGAUAGGCACAAUGCGGAGAUUGGAACCUACCAGGAUGGCAUGAUGGAGCUGGAGAAUGAACUGAGGACCACUAAGGGCGAGAUGGCUCGUCACCUGAGGGAGUACCAGGAUCUGCUCAACGUCAAGAUGGCACUGGAUAUUGAAAUUGCAGCCUACAGGAAACUCCUGGAAGGGGAGGAGACCCGCAUCGGGACUGGCAUCAACUUUAGCAGCCCCUCCAUAGGUGCUGGCAUGGGGCAAGGCUACAACUACCAGUCCCGCAUCUACACCAGCUCUGGCAUAAGCUCCAAGAAGGAGGUCAAGGAGGAGGAGCAGCUGAGCAAAUCUGGAGGCAAGGUGAUCCAGCGUGAAGUUUAUGAGGAGAUGAUGGCCAGCCCGAAGAAGAUGGAGAAGCAGCAAGAGUCCAACGAUGCUCCCACCAUUCAGAAAAACUAAGAGUCAUACUGUAAGCCUGUUCACGACCCUGUAUCCUGAAAAUUCUCUCCUCUCUCCCAUCUUGAAACAAACCUUGACCAAAAACAUCUGAUGCACUUGUGGGGAGAUGAUAAACCCUGCUUUGCCUUCUUAUUAUAAGCAUAGGAAGAUUGCCAUGGUUUCUAACAUAUAGUGCUGAGUUUAUUGGUUUGUUUCAUGUUGGUUGAUCCCCUCUUGUUCCCCUGUGUCCCCACAUGUGUUCUCCUAGAAGGAAAUCCAUCGUAACUCUACUAUAACCUUCACUCUAUACAUUACCACAGUACAGCAGUUUCUCCUGUGUCUUCAUCCACAAACUCAACAUUAAACAAUAACAAGCACUUAGGUAGCAGCGACAACAUGUACCACCAACGCACAAUAGAUAAAAACCUCUGGUCAUGCACUACAACCACAAGCUGUGAGUUGCUCUCAACACAUUCCAAUAGUAGCAUGUGUGUGUGAGUGUAACUGUGAGCACAAAAGAUUCAUAACACAUCAGCUAGUAUCGGUCACUCUGCAAAAAGUCCUUUCAUACAGUAGAAAUGAAAAUCUCUCCCGAAAUAAUGAUCAUAGUGGAGUGAGAAAGCACACAGUCGACUAUUAUAGGAAACCUGCCAAAAUAAAAGACAAUAAUAUAUGAUAGCUUUUACUGAGCCAUUAUUGUUGGUCUCCUUUUGUCUGUUUCUCUUCUUGCACAAUAUUUCUAACCACAGUCAGUGCGUCAGCCCUUUGACUGUGUUUCUAUCAGCUCUGCAUGACAACAGUAUAAAAGAUGAUAAUUGCCUCAUGCGAGCACUGACCCUUUUAAACUUCCCAAUGAAGUUUCAUUAAAUAAAUUUGAUUAUUAUAGCUUUUUAAUUGAGAUGAAGGUUCGAAGUUGGAGCAUAACUUGCAUGGUGUGUGUAGACCUCAUUCUAGCAUGGAAACCUCCGGCCCAUCGUUCAAAGUUCAUUGUUCAGUCUUUGCCUUCCUUAUUCAUUAGUGAUGGAUGCUAUGAAGGAUUAAGAGAAAAGAAAAGUUGUGCAAAAAUACUUAAAAAGAUGCUAAAUGUAGCUAAUAUGAAAAAAAAAUUGUUUUCUCUGUGCAGUCAAGUCAAUUAGACACUGAAUUGGAAAUUAUGCUUCAGUGCAAACGCAUGGGCAUUCUGUAUGAUCCAUGUAGUUGUGAUGGACAGUUUGCAUAUUUAUCACCAUUUCACAUAUGCUACUCAUUAUGCUUGAAACAUAUUAGAGCUCCAGAAUCCAUACUGCAUCAUUUGCCCUGAAGAAAACCAAGGCAACCAAACUCCAAAUACAUCCCAGUGUAAACUGAGUGAGUGAAGUGAGAACCUGCCAGACUACGAUGUGUUUGAAACAACUUGACCUCUCUCUUUGUAACUGUGGCCAUGACUGCUUUAAAAUGCCUGUUGUAGUCUGAUCUCACCGGUAGACAUCCUCCAGUAUGAAAGACUUGUAGCUUGUUUUUCUGCUUGUCCACUGCCAACUUUAACACACACCUAUCUUAUUCUCGUGCUGCUGGUUAUGGCACACACACACAUACACACACACGAAGAAUGAAAACAAACACAAACAGCUGAUUUUGUGGAGACCGUUAUGGAUCGGGUUGACUGCUGCUCUAUUUUGAGGCUUGUGAUGAGUAUCUUUGUACUGUAGUAAGUGUGUUUGAAUCUCUACAAAGUGGCCUAUCAUACCCGGAAGUUUGGGCAUUUUCCGUCAAGUAGAACAAAAAUCUCAGAAGGACAAGAACUAAAAGACAAAUGCAGCAUUUUAUAGUUAACAGCUAUAAGAAUGGAUGAAUGGUUCGGGGUUGCAAAUGUCUAAGCCUUUAUCUUUCUAUGACAAAACCAAAAUAGUUUUCAUGGAUGUCUGAAGAAAAUGUCACUACUCCUACAACACUGCCAAACUUUGCAAAAUGCACAUGCAACACCACUUCAUGCAGAACCAAGCAUUUUCUGGAAAAUGUCAGAAUAUCACCAAUCUGAAACCAAGAAGCAAGACUUAGCCAUAGAACAAAUCUGUAGGAUGUAAAAAUGCCUUAAAACACCAGCAGCUUUUCCUCUGGCCGUGUGUGUGAUUCUGCUCAGUGGGUGCUUAAUCAUUAUUAUCUCUUAAUUAGAGUCCAUUAAAGCUUUUAUUGCUUCAAACGCAUAGGUAUUGAAUGUAGAUGACAUGCUAUUCUCUUUACUGUUAUUGCUACUUAUGUAUUCCUGUAUGACACCAUAUGAAUAAAGACUUGACGUUACUGAGGUGCA